CUCCCUGAGAGAAGGCAGACAGUGUGCUGACGGUACUGCAGGAAUUACCCCCUAUGACCUGAAAAUACCGAGAAAAUGGACUCGAUUUUUUAAACACGGUACAGUUUAUCUGACAGGCCGUCUGAAAGAUCUGGUCACCUAUUCCUCUGAGCCACUUUUAGUACAAGUGCUGAAUAAUGGAUUCUUUGAUGUCUGCAGCAGCACGGUAUUUUUGUGGAUGCAGCAUGCACGUUCUUGUGUAAUUUUCCUCCCUGCACUAAUUUCUGCGGGUUUACCUCUACGGGCAAUCUGCAAAGGCUACUUUAGUAGUAGUAGUGUAAAUCAGACUGUGUGAAUCCGCAAUCCCCCUCCUUACUGCUGCGGAGACGAGAAUGAAACCUCUGGAAAAAUUCUUAAAGAAACAGUCUUCGACCCUAGCUCGCGGUGGCUUUUCGGAUAAAAGCAGGCAGUUACAGAAUGGUUUGAAGAGGCGUUGUAGUGUGUCCAAGAUCCUGCCGUCUUUCCUCAAGGAUUCUCCCUCAGAGAUCGAGAUCUCGUCCCUGAAAGCGGAGUCCGAGGACUGCAGUACUCCUAGCGUUGUGUCCCCGCCCGACACGCUUUGGCUCGACCUGCCCCCCGCACUGGACUUGAAAAGCCCCUCUUUCUCGUCGGAGGACCUGUCCCCGGGUUUUAUUCCCCACACUUUCUGGGAAGCGACGCUCGCGCCGCUCUUGUCGCCCAGUACACCGGAGGCUCUGCUGUCCCGCGUGCUGGACAGCCUGACUGGAACCGGCAGCACAGGACCUGCUAUCGCCACAGAUGCUGUGCUUGAUGACUUUAUCCUGACUCACUCGGUUUUUCUUCCAGCAGAUCAGCUUCUACACACGUUACACGAACGUUUCUGUGCCAGUGGUUUGGAAAGCACAGAUGACAUCCAGAAGGAAAAACAGGCUGUUUUGACAGUAGCUGUGCGCUAUAUGGAAACGUAUAAAGAUAUUUUACCAGAAGAAGAACAACUAUUUCAAGGUUUUAAGGAAUUGUCCUUACUGGCAGAGAAGGAUAUGCCCUUGUAUCCGAAUUUGGUGAAUGACACCCUGAUGUUUUUGCAACUCGUGGAAGAAACUCAGACCAAGGUAGCAGAAGACAGCGACUUACUAAAGAAGCGGGUAAAGCCCUUGUUCAGACACUUUAGACGUAUUGAUUCAUGUCUGCAACCACGAGAAGCAUUUCGUGGCUCAGAUGAAAUUUUCUGCCGGGUUUAUACACCAAACCAUUCCUAUGUCACAAUUCGUGGGCGUCUAUCUGCCACAGUGCAAGAGAUUCUGUCAUCUGUGUCUGAGAAGCUGCUGCAUUCAGAAGAUCAAUGCAUUCCAGAGGAGGAACUCAUUCUUGUAGCAGUAACAUCUUCAGGAGAAAAGAUUUUGUUUAAGCCAGAUGAAGACUGUGUGUUCACCACACUUGGAGUCAAUACUAAUCUGUUUGCAUGCAGCAAAGAAAGCUUGGAUUCAUUGGUCCCACUUCCAGAACAAACUCCAUUAUCUCCUGGUGACACAGAAGUGCAUAGCAUGGAAGCAGAUGAGGUAGCUAAUCAGCUGACAUUAUUUGACUGGGAACUCUUCACUUGUAUUCACGAGUCAGAGUUUGUCAGCUAUGUUUUUCGCAAUGAUGGCAACAAAAAGGCAACCGCUAACUUAGAGCUACUGCUCCAGAGGUGCAGCGAAGUUCAGCACUGGGUUGCCACAGAGAUGCUGCUUUCCGAGGCACUGGGAAAACGAGUGCAGCUGCUGAAGAAGUUCAUCCGAACUGCAGAAAUAUGCCUACAGAAUCAAAACUUUCUAUCAUUCUUUGCUAUUGUGAUGGGUUUGGAUAAUUCUGCUGUCAGCAGAUUGCGUCUCACCUGGGAGAAACUACCUGAAAAACUGAAGAAACUGUUUAAACGAUUUGAGAAUGUAACGGACCCAUGUCGAAAUCACAAAUCAUACAGAGAAUUUAUUUCUAAGAUGAAGCCACCAGUAAUCCCCUUUGUGCCUCUGGUGUUGAAAGAUAUAACAUUUCUACAUGAAAGCAGAAAGACAUUUCAAAAUGGAUUAGUCAACUUUGAAAAAAUGCACACUCUUGCUGACACCCUGAGGGCAGUACGAAGAUACCGAAGCAUUCCUCUCACUCUUGACAUGGAGUCCAUGCCAGUACCUCCUCAACGGAAAGCCUAUAUUCGACAGCUGCAAGUUAUUGACAAUCCAAAUCUGUUAUCGGACCUAUCAUUAAAACUAGAACCAAACAGCAUCUGACAACAUUCGCAGAUUUCUCACUCAGUGUGGUGCAACAAGCCAUGAUCGUUUGUUUCUGUGCAUAAAACUCCGAUAUUUUCACUUGUUGGACGAAUGGACUUUAUGCACUGCCAUAAUACCCAGUCACUUAUAAAUGUGAGAAACAUCUAAAUUUUGAUCAGCUGAAUGAAAUGUACAUAUGUCCUACCACUUUACCAUUUUUCAGGGAGAGCACUUAUGACUAUCCCAUAUUUUAAAGCACUUUUAGAUGGCUUAAAUAAGGCUCAUGCAGGUGCUGCUGGUGUUAAUUUAUGUAUUAUGACUGGGUUUUUUUGUGUGUUUGUUAUGUCUUUUGUGAAGCUAUAGCAAGCUGCACUGUAAUUAACAUUAUGUGACAUUAUAAAGUGCCAUGGCAUGUCACCAACAAAUCAUCAUGGAAGCCAUAUAAACUUGGGUGCCACUGAAUCUGACUGUCGGAGACAAAACCUUUACCCAUUUUACAUGGCCUUUAGGCUGACUGGAGAACAUUGUUUGAAACUUUAUAUUCAGGCUGUAAUUUUUUGCCUCAGCAGUUAUAAAAUCUCUAAAAAAUGGUACUGGUAACCUCAUAAUACUGCUGUUAGCAUGAAGUUACAAAUGAUUUGCUGAGAAACAAAUGUAAGUGCUUUAACAAAAGUUUCACCACAAAAUAUCUAAAUUCCAGAAGCUGUUAAGCUAAACUUUGAAGACUUAACUGUUUAGACAUUGUGGAAGUGACAGAAAAGGGUCAACACAAAGUCAUGAAGGAACAUAAUGCCUUGAGAAAGUCUGUUCAGAUAUGUGCAGCCAUUUAGGGCACUGUUCUUUCCCAAACUGCUACUUUCACCAUAGGAAUAAAAUAAGUAAUUGCUGACUAAAUCAGAA